CACGCUCCAUUCUACUACUCGUUGGCCGCAAGAGCGCAGAAAGCUAAAAUAAACGUUGGUCAGUUGAGUGCGGUACCUAGCAGCAAGCGGACGUGUCUUUCUUCGCCGAUAGUGAAACUAGACGGGCCGUGGCGAUCAAGCGUGUUUGUGUGUGCGUUGUCCAGUGCGUACGUAGCAUUUGUUUUUGAUUUUUUUUUUUUUUUACACUCGUGCGAAUGUAGAAAUGAGGAAAUAAAUAUAUGCGUAUAAGAAAAAAGAGAAAACACAAAAUUAAAAGUGACAACUGUGCGAUGUGUUUUGCAUAAAUUUGCUCUAGAAUACAACAAAAAAAACGCAGCAUAAAUUAAGAGAAGAAAUUGUGUUUUAAUUAAAAUUGAGCAAAAAGUGAGCGGGCGGAGAAAGGCGCGCAAAGAAUAUAGAAAGUGACCUUUGGGUAAAGCACAAAUUUCGAGACGGCAACACGAUUUCGAAAGCAAGUGACAAGCUGGCGCCGUCCAUAACAGUGGUUGCUCCUGUAAAUUCAAAAUAAGCGCAGCGCAUUCAAUGCAAGGUCGCGUAUAUGCAGCUACCUGCACCAAAAACCCGACACUGAAUUUUAUACUUUGGUAGCUACUUUAUAUCAACGACUGUGACACGCUACAGUUGGCUUAGUUGGAGAAGUGCGCGCAUAAUGACAACCCGCCAAUACAGUUUUCGAUGGCGCCUACUUAUAACGGCUUUGAUUUUACUGCUGCCAGCGGCAUAUGGCUUCCCUUUCAUCUUCAACAGCAACCGUAAGGUAAUCAACUGGACCGUGCCGGAAGACGACUGGGUAAUACAAGCAGUGCCGCGCAGCAUAACGCCGCACGUAGAAUUGAAAAGGUUUCCAAACCGCACAAACGCCGAACCGGCGCAAAGCGAUGAAGAGUUUUUGGCGCGUUUGCGCCAACUCAAACGUAACGACACAAUGGCGCGCAUGCUUUGGUAUGACACCACACCCGAUGGGCUCAGCUACCCGCCAUUUGUGGACAAGGCGCUGAAGCUGUUCAAUCUCAAACAGGUGGCGUUCGAGAUCGAGAACAGCGUAAUGUCCAAGGUCUCAUGUACCGCCUGCAAGGCUGGCGCUGGCCUACUGCAACAUUAUAUACGCGCUGGCAAAACCGAGGCGCAGAUCAUCAAAUUGAUUUACGAAUUUUGCGUUAAUCUCAACAUACAAAGUUCACGCGUUUGCGAAGGCGUCUCGACACUUUUCGGCAGUGAAGUGAUUUAUGUGCUGCAGCGCGUCAAUCUUGGGCCAGAUGAGAUUUGCAGCUUUGUGAUUGGUGACGCUUGUGGCGAUGUGUACAAUCCGUAUCAUGAGUGGGAAGUUAUAUUUCCGCCAGUGCCCAAGCCACCAGUUGCUGAAGUGGGCAUGCCAAAGGAGGCGGCGCCAUUCUUCAAAGUGCUACACAUCUCAGAUACACACUACGAUCCACAUUAUGUGGAAGGCUCCAAUGCUAACUGCAAUGAGCCGUUAUGUUGUCGGCUGAGCAGUGGACGUCCCUCCAGUCCAAACGAUGCUGCGGGUAAAUGGGGUGAUUACCGCAAGUGCGAUACGCCCAAACGUACGGUAGACAAUAUGUUGGAGCAUAUCGCCGAUACGCAUAAGGAUAUUGACUAUAUACUGUGGACUGGUGAUCUGCCGCCACACGACGUUUGGAAUCAAACCAAGGCGGAGAACUUAGAGAUUAUUAAGGAGACUGUGCGCCAGAUGACGGAAAAGUUUCCCGGCAUACCGAUCUUCCCGGCGUUGGGCAAUCACGAAAGUGCGCCCGUUAACAGCUUUCCGCCACCGUAUGUGAAUCAAGUGGACAUCUCUAUAUCGUGGUUAUAUGACGAAUUGGAUGUGCAAUGGCGUCGUUGGUUGCCACAGAGUGUUUCGCAUACAGUGCGACGUGGCGCCUUUUAUUCGGUGCUCGUGCGUCCAGGCUUCCGUAUUAUUUCACUCAAUAUGAAUUAUUGCAAUAAUAAAAAUUGGUGGUUACUGUUAAAUUCCACAGAUCCGGCGACAGAGCUGCAAUGGUUUAUAUAUGAACUGCAGAGCGCUGAAUUCUCCAACGAGAAAGUACAUGUGAUCGGUCACAUACCGCCAGGACAUCCGGAUUGUUUGAAGGUCUGGUCACGCAACUUCUAUCGCAUCAUUUCGCGUUACGAGAGCACAAUUUCCGCACAGUUCUAUGGACACACACACUUUGAUGAGUUCGAAAUGUUCUACGAUCCACAUGAUCUUAGUCAUCCCACAAGUAUAGCAUAUAUUGGUCCAUCGGUAUCACCAUAUUAUGAUCUAAAUCCAGGCUAUCGUGUGUACUAUGUUGAUGGUGAUCACGACACUACCACACGUUUGGUCGUGGAUCACGAAUCUUGGAUCAUGAAUUUGAAAGAGGCAAACCUUUACGACUACCCCAUAUGGUAUAAGUUGUAUACCACACGUGCAGCGUAUAAUAUGAAAGCACUCAGACCUGUGGACUGGAGUAACUUAAUCGAUGAGAUGGCGAAUAAUCAAGAAUUAUUUGAUUUAUAUUACAAAAACUACUGGAAGAACUCACCAAUACGGCCGGUUUGUGACGCCGAAUGCCGCAAACGUAUGCUUUGCGAUUGCAAGAGCGGACGUUCGCACGACCGACGGCAUUUCUGCGAGGACGUCGAGGCGAAAGUAGACGACGGCUCGUCGAAGUCCUGGAAGUCAUGGCUGUACCGUGGCUUGACAAACUCUUAUAGUCUGAUCUCGUCCAUCACGUACCUGCCCAAGUACCUGUUGGGCUUCGGCUGAAGAGCAGCGAGCGCCAGUGACAUACUGCAAAAAACCUGCAAGAAUCCUCAAUAAAAAAGGCCAAAACGUGCAUACAACACGGGAACUUGAAACGGAGACCAGAGCUGUACAUAUGUAUGUAGCAAAUUGUGAGAAUUUCUCCUGUAAAAGUGCAAACAAAUCAAACUCAUACGCAAAUUUUUAUUAUAAAAUAUUUUAAUUAUAGAAAUCGUUUAGCUGGUAACUGUAAAAGAGUGUGUGUGUGUGUAUUAGUGUAUUAGGGUGUACCAAAAAAAAAUGUUUUUUUCUAGUUACAAGUUAAAAUACACAUACAUACAUACAUGUAUAAAAGUGUACUUAAAUUCAUAAAUUGAAUAAACUAAUAAAUAUUUCUAAAUUUUUAAUACUUACGUAUGUAUGUAUAUGUUAUUAUAAAAUGUCCUUCCAACGCUUUUUUUCAUUACUGCUUAAUAAAAAACUAAAUUUCAUUGAAUUUUUAUGCAUAAACACAAUAAAAUUUAUAAAAAAAAAUUUAUUUUAUGAUUAUGAGACAUUAAAAAAACAAAAGUUUUAAAAAUUAGAUAUUUUAUGAUUUUGAAUCAUUAUUUUGUGAAAAAAAUAUAAACUCUAAAAAUUUUUUUUUGCGAUUUAUGUUUGGUUUUUGACCUCAAAUAACUUUUGAAAGAGACCACCUAACAAAAAAUCGUUUAAGAGCCUUUUUGUAGAUCGUUAAAUUUAUAACAGGAUAAGUUUUCAUUUUCACUAUAAAAUAACCUGUGCAAAUGCAUAAAACAUGCAACAACAAAAAACAAUUUAAAAAUUAUUUUUACGAUUUAGUUUUAAACUUUGACUCCAAAUAACUUUUAAACGAGUAGACUUAGCAAAAAAUCAUCUUGGAACUUUUUUGUAGAUCGUUAAAUUCGCUACAAGAAUAUAUAUUCAUAUUCGCUACACAAUACUUAAAUGCAUUAAACAUCCGAACAUAUUAAGAAAGUAUAGCGUUUUUCUUUAUAUUCAAAAUCAAAAAGCUCAAAUCGUCACUUGUUAAUAACGCCAUAACAAUUUUUUUAACGCCAUUUCGCAAGAUAUUUAAAAAAAAUGUCACAAAAAAAUUUUUCACGAAAAAAAAUUGUUUACGAAAACAUUUUUUACGAAAUAAAUUUUUUCACGCAUUAAAACUAUUUUCUAAGAGAAAAAAUUAAUUUUUUUUGGCACACCCUAGUGUUUAUAUAUUAGUUAUGUGAUUAUUAGCAUUAAGUAUAAAUAUAUUUAAGUAGUAUAUUAAACCAGCAAUAUUAAAAAAAUGAGAACAAGUCAAAUAUGUAUAAGCCUACACACACACACACACACACACACACUUAAAGCUGUCGCGAAUACUCGGAAAUUUCUCAUUUCAAAAAAAGUCCACUUUCUUAGCUGUAAAGUAUAAGUUACGCAUAAUAAUUAACCGCAAAGUCAUAGCUAACCGUAAACGCACACACACAGUCAUAAAGUAAGCAUUGCGUUCCAUGUUGUAGACACAUGCCCGCACACCUGCAAAUACACUCAUACCGUUAGUUAAAAUGCGCAUGCAAUAACAAUGUGCAUAUAAUCGUUUUAAGUUAUAUAUACUAUGUAGGUUUAAUAUCGAAAUAAAUAUAAAAAAAUUUUAAAUAAAAA